AUGGCAUCUUCCGGUUGGCAUGAACCAUCAAAUCCCGCCCCAUCCCCUUAUGCUCCGCUGUUAGGUGAUGACGAUCAGAGGUCGGGAGCAAAGGCGAAAUGCCGACGGCCCACGAAAUUCAUUCUCUUACUAGUAGCUGGGCUGUUGGCCGUUGGUCUUUUGGUGGCAUUGGUGGAUAGAGAUGGAUAUGCAAAAAAAAUGUCAUCAUCCAUGCCUAAUGAUGAGGCGACAUCUACCUCAUCAGGGCUGCAGUCAACGCCGCGGCCGCCGGAGAAGGUUAGGCCGGCGGUAGCCCGUGGGGUGGCGGAAGGAGUGUCGGCCAAGUCAAAUGGUCCAUUCUUGUUUGCUGGGGAAGGGACUCCAUUUUCAUGGACUAAUCAAAUGCUUGCUUGGCAAAGAACUGCAUUCCAUUUUCAGCCGAGGAUGAAUUGGAUGAAUGAUCCUAAUGGUCCAUUAUUGUACAAGGGAUGGUACCAUUUGUUCUAUCAGUACAACCCAGAUGGUGCAGUGUGGGGCAACAUUGUGUGGGGCCACGCAGUGUCAACGGACCUGAUUCACUGGCGCCAUCUGCCAAUAGCCAUGGUGGCCGAUCAAUGGUACGAUCAGAAUGGCGUAUGGACCGGGUCUGCAACCAUCCUUCCCGACGGUCAACUUGUCAUGCUGUACACCGGCUCGACCAACGCAACUGUGCAGGUGCAAAAUCUUGCGUACCCUGCCGACCCAUCUGAUCCUCUCCUCAUCGAGUGGGUCAAGUACCCCGGAAACCCGGUUCUCGUCCCACCACCCGGAAUCCAUUUUAAGGAUUUCCGUGACCCCACAACAGCUUGGUACACCUCAGAGGGCAAGUGGCGAAUUACCAUUGGUUCAAAAGUGAACAAGACUGGAAUUUCACUUGUCUAUGACACGGUGGAUUUCAAAUCCUAUGAGCUCCUGGAUGGGGUCCUCCAUGGAGUCCCGGGUACGGGCAUGUGGGAAUGCGUGGAUUUUUACCCGGUUUCAAGAACGGAUGAAAAUGGGCUGGACACAUCCGACGAUGGUUCAGCUGUGAAACACGUCGUGAAGGCUAGCUUGGAUGAUGACAGAAAUGAUUACUACGCAUUAGGCACAUAUGAUGGAGUUCGUGGGAAAUGGAUUCCUGAUGAUCCCACGUUAGAUGUUGGCAUUGGAUUAAGAUAUGAUUAUGGUAAUUUCUAUGCAUCUAAGACGUUUUAUGAUCAAGAAAAGAGGAGAAGAGUGCUUUGGGGGUGGAUUACUGAGACUGAUAGCGAAGCUGCUGACAUUGCUAAAGGCUGGGCAUCCCUUCAGGCCAUUCCAAGGACAGUAUUGUAUGAUAAGAAAACUGGUACAAACCUGCUGCAAUGGCCAGUGGAGGAGGUUGAGAAGUUGAGACUAAAUGGCAAGAGUUUCGACGGUGUGGAGGUUAAACCAGGUUCAGUGAUACCACUUGAUGUGGGCUCUGCAGCACAGUUGGAUGUUGUUGCUGAGUUUGAGAUCGAUAAAGAGGCUAAGGAGAUGGUUAACGGAACCGAUGCAGAGUAUGUUUGCAGCACAAGCGGCGGUGCUGCUGAGAGGGGCGCAUUGGGUCCGUUUGGUUUGUUAGUUCUCGCAGAUAAUGAUCAGUCUGAGCAGACUCCUGUUUACUUCUACAUUGCCAAGGGAACAGAUGGAAAUUUCAAGACAUUCUUCUGUUCUGAUCUUUCAAGGUCAUCUAAAGCAACCGAUGUCAGGAAGGGCGUCUACGGCAGCACCGUUCCGGUCUUGGAAGGAGAAAAACUAUCUAUGAGGAUAUUGGUUGAUCACUCAAUUGUGGAGAGCUUUGGGCAAGGUGGAAGGACAUGUAUUACAUCACGGGUAUAUCCAACAAAUUCUGUGUACGAAAAUGCGCAGCUUUUCUUGUUCAAUAAUGCCACCGAUGCCAAGGUUAAGGCCUCGAUCAGGGCGUGGCACAUGAACUCCGCAAACAUAUAUCCCUCCAAUGACAGCAUGAACAAAUUCAACUUUGUUGUUCUUAAAAGUUGUUCCGCCAUCUUCAUUGUAGCCAUAUUGUAUGGUUUCUUUUUUUAAUUUUAAGCUAUGUUUUAUUUUCUAGAUGGCCGCUAAAUCCCACUUUCUUGAUUAUUCCCACUUGC